AUGGAACCAACACCUCUUAUUGAAUUGAGUGACGAUGAAGAUGAGAUUGAUUUUAAAGUGAAUAUUACAAGAAAACCAAUAAGUUUGACAACCAAUGAACCAGAAGUGAUUGAACUACUUAGUGAUUCAUGUACCGAAGAUCCUCCUAUUUUGACAUCAAUACAGUCUAGUCAAACGAAAGACUUCCGAUCAAGUCCCAACCCGAAACCAAACCAAACAUUCAUUUCCACAAACAACCAGACAUCAAUUUCCAAACCCACAUACACUUCAACUGAGCAAAUUACAGAUGUGAUUGUUAUAGAAAGUGACGAAGAGGAAACUAGCAUAGUGCAGAAAAUUAGUGGAACUUCAAAAAUAGUGGCGUCAACGCGGUUACCAUCGUCUCCAGUUAGCAUUGCAAACCAAGAACCAGAGAAAACAAUGAAUGAUUCAAUAGUGGAUUCUAGUUUUUCGUUUCUGAUGGAUAAUCUUGUAACGACAAUCCGUAAUGGUGGACCUAAACUAUCAUCAUCAAAGCCUGUUUCUCAGCCUGUAUCAGCUGGAUCGGGAUUAUCAUCUGGCCCAAACCCUGUUUCUAGUAGUUUUAAAAUGCCACCGUUUGUGAAAUGGCUUUCUAGUGACGACGACGACGAUGAUGAAAAAGAAGAAGAUCCAAUUGUACCUACAUCACAACCGGUUCCACAUGAAACAAAUUUUGAUGCUCAACCAGCAAAAAGAUCCAGAACUGUGCAAGAACCACCUCAACUGGCACCAAAACCAGUAAAGCGUUCUAAAACUGUUGAUCAAGUAAUAGAUUUGCCGCGUAUUGAUAAUUUCCAGUAUACAUCAAAGGAUUUAAAAGAAGCUAACAGAGCUACAAGAAAGAAAGAAGAACUUUUAGCAGAAAUGGAAUUACAUAUGGCGGAGUCUGUCUAUUCUAGAUUGGAAGAUUUGGUCAAAGAUUUCCAACUGCGUGUUAUAAAGGCUUCAUAUACGUUACCAGUGAUUUUUUGGAAACGAAAUAUAAAUGCAGCUUAUGAUAAAGAAAGAGAUAUAUUUAUACCGUGCCAUCCUAGAAGGGUUCUUGAAAAGACAUUUGUUUUGUAUUACCAUGCAUCAGUAUUUUUUGAAAAACUACGAAACCACACUUUGAAAGUUGAUGUAUCUGCAGCAAAGCAACAAGCAUUGGCAAUAACACCAAAUGAAUAUAAUGUAAUACUUGUGGUUGAAGGGUAUGAUAUACUCUUGAACAAAAUCAAAGCAUAUGAACAGAGAUUAUUUAAAAAUCAAGUUCUUCAAGGUUUAAAUGUUGAAGAGCAAAGAAGACGAAGAAAAGAUGAUACGGAAAUGUCUAAAUACCCGUCCUCGUCAGAGAUUGAACAUUUAGUCAACAAGGCCCAAAUAGACUUGAAGGCAAACAUUUUUAUGGUAAGAGCAAAACAAGAAUCGAUUAUGUGGCUCAACUCAUUUACACACAUGAUUGGUCAAUCGCUAUAUGACAAAUUUGAAAGAAAUCAGGGAUUGGCAAAUCUCGGAAAUGUUAAAUCGGGAGCAGAUACCAAAUCAACUUUUUUGCAAUCAAUGAAACAAUUCAAUUUGAUGACUCAAGCAAAAGCAGAUAUUUUGUAUGUACUGCAUCAGUCUCUACAUCUGAUGUACACCAAGCUUCGAUCUCAUGGAACGUUGGGCAAAGAUAAUUUGAAGAGAAACAUUGUGCCACCUUCAGUCGAUAGUAGUAUGAAGAAGUUUUUCACUGCUGAUGAUCCAGAUAUGGUCAUUAAUUAA